AUGUUUUUUAUAUCUCUCCUUUUUUCUUCUUUCAUCCUUUCUUUUUUUAAAAUCUAUUUUCUUUCCUUUUCUUCUUUGCUCUCGUUCGGUCUUUUCUGUCUCUCAGAUGAUCAGGCUGACCCGCGCUUGUGCCUCAUCUGUGGCGACCGUGCGACGGGCCUGCACUAUGGCAUCAUCUCCUGCGAGGGCUGCAAGGGCUUCUUCAAGCGCAGCAUCUGCAACAAGCGCGUGUACCGCUGCAGCCGAGACAAGAACUGUGAGAUGUCGCGCAAGCAACGCAACCGCUGCCAGUACUGCCGCCUGCUCAAGUGCCUACAGAUGGGCAUGAACCGCAAAGCAAUCAGAGAGGAUGGAAUGCCAGGGGGGAGGAAUAAGAGCAUUGGACCUGUCGAGAUUUCGAAUGAAGAAAUGGAGCGCAUUAUGACAGGCCAGGAGUUCAAGGAGGAUGCUGGUUUGCCAGAGCACACCUGGAGAAACAACGGGGACAGCGACCACAGUUCCCCCGACAAUGGUGUCUCCGAGGGCAACCAACCCUCGCCGGUCUCCACCCUGUCGUCCAGCAAGUCCCUGGAAAUGAAUAGCUACACUGCUACCUACCGGGACCAGUACGUGGGCACGCCCGUGUCCUCACACUACAAGUUCCUGCCGCACCUUUUUGGUUAUGCCCAGUCAGUCCUUAGGCCCACCCUGGCCCGCAGCCUGUACUCCCAAUCACAGACCCUUGUCUCCCAACUGGUGGCAGCUGAGGACCUGGCCCCCCUGGGGACCCCCAUGCUCAUAGAAGAUGGGUACAGGGUGACCCAGGGGGAGCUGUUUGCCUUGCUCUGUCGGCUGGCAGACGAGCUGCUGUUUCGGCAGAUCUCCUGGAUCAAGCGGCUGCCCUUCUUCUGCGAGCUGUCCAUCGAGGACUACACCCUGCUGCUCAGUGCCACUUGGCAGGAGCUCAUCCUGCUCUCCAGCCUCACCAUCUACAGCGGCCAGAUGUUCGGGGAUCUGGCCAACGUCACCACCAAGUACUCACCCUCUGACUACGAGCUGCAAGGGUUUAGUGAAGAUGGAAUGGAUGUGAUGGAGAGACUGAUAUACCUGUUCCGCAAAUUUAAUCAGCUGAAGGUUAGCAAUGAGGAGUAUGCCUGUAUGAAAGCCAUCAACUUCCUCACCCAAGAUAUCCGAGGGCUUACCAACGUUUCUCAGCUGGAGAAGCUGAACAAGCGCUACUGGUAUGUGUGCCAGGACCUAGCUGAGUACAAGUACCCUCACCAGCCCAAACGCUUCCCUGAGAUCAUGAUGUGCCUCCCUGAGAUCCGCCACAUCGCCGGGAAGCUAGUGAACGUUCCAUUGGAACAGCUCCCCCUGCUGUUUAAGGCCGUCCUACACUCCUGCAAGUUCAGCCCCAACACCCUCCGAGCAGGCACCACCACCUGCCUGACAACAGGCCUCAUCCCCGGCAACUGAGCCACGCCUCUCAAAACCCACCGUUCACCUGAAGGAGGGGGGGACCCCCUUCUUUCUUUUGUGAAUGUGACAGAAUUGUUUUUCUAAAUGUAUUUAUUACACGACAGAUCUGAAUGUAUUCUCAUCUACGCAGAGCACACGCCUCUGCAAUAAGAAAUGCACAACCAAUGCAUUGUUCAGACGUGUAAGUGCAGUUUACAAGUAUGUGAAGUGUUAACAUGGUAGCUAUUUUUCGUAUAGAUUUCCAGGAAGUUUUUUUUUAGUUUGGGGAUCCACUAGAAAACGCUAUUGUAACUGAAAGACUACCUCAGGAAGUAUUUGUUGUGUUUUCAGUGGACAUAUGCCUGUGUCAGUGAAAAGAUAACUUCAGCAGUCUUUGGUAUGUUUGUACUCUCCUCAGCUACAGUAAAGUACAUGAGAUAUACUUCCCCAAUGUGUUUUUUUUUAUCAAUGUGGCGUUAAUGAUUGUUACCAAAGGUCUCUAAAGAUACACUCAGUUACUAAGUGUAGUUGAAUUGAGUUUUAAUAUAUACUACAUGCUAUACAUUUAGCUUUUAAGAUUAGUUACAUUUAUCAUGGUGGGGGAGGUGUGGUUUCUCAGGUGGCAUUGGUAUAUCUACUCCAACACGUCUGCCAAUAGUGACAGAUGAGAUGUACCAAGCUGCCUUCACUGAUGCCUUGUUUCCCAUCACUAGUAAUGUCAACAUAAAGUGGCGGCAAAUUCAAGCCUCUUUUUCAUUUACGUUUCUACUCAAGCCUUUUAGCGAGUAGAAAUUAAAAUUAGUCAAAAUUGAUACGGGUAUUUUUAAGGCGAAUGGUAAGUGGAAGUGAAGGAGAAUCUUUCAUGUUUCCAACUACAGUUGAAAGAUUUUCCAAUGGAAGAUGGCAUUUCUUGAUCAAUCAAUGAAUUAACUGAAGGACCACUCUGGGAUUGGUGAUGAUAGGCCAGUAAAGUGUUACUGUCCCAGUCAACCUUCUCCUGAGAUGUACCAGUUACUCCAGAUGCCUGGGAGGACGAGAAGUGCAAUAUGCACACUGUUGAAAACCCAGGGUGUGGGUGUGUUUUUUUUUAAAUAGAUGUGAAAUGCUGCCAAUAGUGGCAAGCUCAGCCAUAGUUCAAGAGUAUUGUUGUUGUGCAUUCUACUCUUUCAAGAGACAUGUUCAAAGCAAAAUCACACCUGUGACCUCUAGGGUCACAGGGAUUGUUAUGUCUGCAUGUGCAUCAACAAAAAUGUUGCAGCUGCCAGUUAAUGUUUUCUGUGAUAUUUUCUCACUCGAGUUCGCGAGAAGUUGAGUUCUAAACAGGGUAAGGCGGAAGUUUGGUGUACUGCACUCAGAAGUUACUCAGGAUCACUUUGUUGAAUUGCGCGUUUAGUAUUAGUAGUUGUAGGUUUUGGGGGACGUCGUAAGUAGCUGUCUUGUCUUUUUGGGGUCUUUUUUUCUGUAGGGGAGUUGUUGUAUUUGUGUGGGUGUUUCGACUAUAUGGAAUAGAAUUACGAUUUUAAUGGACUAAUAAGGACACGAAUUGGGUUCUGAUUUUAUGAAAGGCUCUAUGACUGGUUAGACUCAUAUUCACUUGUAUUCUCAGGUGUGUUACAAACAAGGCAAAAAAAGGACAAUAUGUUUUUUAAGCAAAGUGCAGCAUUGACUCAGUCAGUUAGAAGUGUUACAUCAGAACUGUAAGGAAAUAAAUGUUGUUGUAAGGGAAAACUAGCAUCAAAUCCACAGAGUGCACCCCUCCCCUUCAAAGCAUUCCAAAUCGAACUGAAUAUAUGUGUUAUAUCUAUUGAAUGUUUACAUAUUUGCACCAGACAAUGAUUUAAGUGAUGGGACUGUGCCAGAGUUGAUGUUUUUGCUAUAGGUCCUCAGUCGGAGCCAGUUGUAGCAUUUUGACUAGAAGUGCCUCUAUCGUAGCCAUUCUGUCAACAUCUUGGAUACACAUGUCUUUGAACAAACUGGGAAUUGAUGCGUAUUCGUAAAUGAAUUAAUCACAUCUAUUCAAUGUCCCGCUUUUGUCUGUUUUUAUUCAACUUUUAACAUUUGUCAUUUACUUGGAAUGUAUUUUGUUGUUUUAUAAGAAUGUUUUGCAUAUCAAUUAGAUUUGAUUGUUUGAAGGUGACUAUGAUUUUUCAUUUGUUUAAGUCAGUGGCUGAAUCUCAAAUCACUCCCUUUACUGCACCCCCCUGGCCAGCCAUUUGCACAUACACGUGUGCCUCUGCCAUAUGCAUAAGUGUCCCAAAGCUGAGGGAGUGGAAAUUAUCAAGGGUGUUGGGGCUAAUUAGACCCUUCUAUAGCCACUUGGACCAAGCCAGAAAGGCUGCAGGCUCCAGAGCGAAGUGCUAUCCUGGGAGGGGGACAGGAGUCUAUCACCGGCUGGACUGAAUGCGUCGACACCUAGAGGUAAAUAUGACGUCAGGAAGAACUACGCCCUCUAGUGGUCUAGGCGCCAACUUGAAGCACCGCGAUAUGUUAGGAGUUUGCAAAAUUUCAUACAAAAGAGUGGACAGGUGUUCCUAAUUAUAUAUGUGCAUUUGUUUGUGUCUGUUUCUGAUGCUUGACACGUAAAAUAUGAAACAUCUCCCAAAUUAAAUGUUUGACUGUUGAGGUUAUUAUAUUGUAAAACAACGAGUAAUUUUAUAAUUUUGAAUUUCCUGCUCGUUUCAUUAUUUAAAUGUUGAUCUGGAAUUGCAUCGUUCAAGCUAACGUCGAGACCCUUAGUAGUUCUUCCUGAUGUCUAAUUACCUCCAGGUGUCGACGCAGUCAGCCCAGCUGGUGAUGCACUCGUGUCACCUCGCGAUGAGCAGCUACAUAAAGCAUCCUCCAUUCAUGCUG